AUGGCUCAGAAAUCGAUGAAAGUGCUUGCUGCACGGAAUCAAGGCCACCUGCAACGCCUCCGCCUCAUCACUGCCAUCACACACGGCAUUUUCUUCAUCGCACGACUCCUCUUCCACCGGAAAGCCUUCUUCGCAUCACCGAUUCGCUCCACGCUGCCUUACAUCCUCCUCUCGAUCCCGGCUAUUGCCGUCCAACUGUUCUUCGAGUCCGUAUCAAGACCACGACAUGCUCCGGAUGGCCGAGUGGUCCGGGCAGGCGAAGACCUCGAUCAGAAAGGAUUGACCGAGUAUGGCUGGGACAUCAUUUACUGGACCGACCUUUGUGUCGUCCUGGCAGGGCUUUUUGGGAACAAUGCGUUUUGGCUGUGGAUUGCCGUUCCGAUCUACCUCGGCGGUGUGUUGGUUCGUUUUGGGGGGAAGAUGAUGGGAUGGUUCUGA